CUUCUCCUAGACAUCACUCCCGCAUAUUCUUCCGGCUUCGACUCGGCCAACGCCGCUCUUGUCGUCGAUCCUUCCAAAUGCUUAUUUUUAGCCGCCCUCCCGCUUCUUGGAGAUUACUUGGGUGAAUGCCUUCAUUCAGCAUCAUCGAACAUGAUGGUGUUGAUAUCCAGCUGAUUGUCUCAAGAAGAUCACCGCUAAGAUGGUCUUUGGGAAGGGGGCUUCGCCUCCGUCCGAACCAGCGCUUCUCUCCCAGCCGUCACUUCAACUCCCACAUUGAGACUCGUGGAACGCGCACCGCAGGGGUCUUGUCUACAGCCGUUGACUUGGCCAAGCACCAAAAUCACAAAGUGGCCAUAUUCCCCACACCCCGUCCAACCCUCCGGAGCCUGGCAGUUUCACCCUGGCGACGGACUCCCAUCCUGUUGACUCGACCAGGGUCACAGGGCCCUGGCUUCCGCUCUCUUGUCCAAACGGCCCUCUUCCUCCUCCGUCUCAAUAGUCUCGCCCGGCCUUGGCCGCUUGCCCUCAAUGAUCAAUCCUGGUCCAUAUUUCAGAUGACAUGCAGUCGCAUUUGAUGGAGAAGCUUGAAAGCCCCCUCCCAUUCUGCGCCAAAAACACGCCCGCGAUACCAUGGGAAACGGAGGCGCUCAUCCCCAAACACAGGGAACCCUCAACCUCAUUCAUCAACCCGUUCUCUUUUUCCUUCUGAGCCUCUCACUGCUCCUCAACACCCUGGAUGAAGCACAUGCCAAGAUCCUCACCAUGAUUCCGUCCCUCGCUGCUUAUCCGCCCCGGCCAUCUUCGCAUGGGUUCUUGCCUAUUGAUGCUAUUCUUGGACCUGUGAGGUAGAUCAUCACGA